AUGAAGGACUCGAUGUAUGGGAUAUCCUAUCUGUUCGCGCUCUUCUCGAUCGUCUGCGCGCUGUUCGUCUGGGGUCUCGCUAUCUGCAUAUUCUGGCCGAUGUUCGAUGAGAAGGUUCAAGACUACAGCAACGACUUCGAGCAGCCGCCGAAGGGAGCGAUCUCAACGGCGUCCGGCAUUGCGUUAUCUCUGGCCUGCAACAUCGGAGAGAGCGGCGCGGUGGUCGCGUUGAAAAGGUUGGACAAAUACUUCUACAAGCGGGUCCCAAACUCCCGGCCCAUGGGAUCGUGGGCCGUCAUGUUCAUCCACAACGUGUCCGAGUCUUUUCGGCUCGCGACACUGUGGUAUGCGGCCAUUAUUUCCCCAGAGUCCAACACCUGGAUCGUCGCGAUCAUCAGUUCGCUAGUUCUGAACACGGUGAGUCGCAUGGGUUGGCAAAAUUAUAUCGCAUGGAGGUUGACAUGCAAGAACACGUUCUGGAUUCCGGGCUGUUGGACCUUCGUUCACAGGCAGGCGAAGUUCGCUUUCGGCUACUGCAGAUUCGCAGCUCCUCUUUCUGUUUUUGGAGCGCGAUACGCUCUGAGCUUCGUGAGCGAGUCGGAGUCUCUGUGCUGUGGCUCGGAGAUAAAGCCGUACUUCAACGAUACCGGGCUGUAUGUAAUGCUAGGCAGUCUCAUCGCAGAGUUGGUGGAGGGCUCCAUGGUGGUGUUCUGCGAGUGGUUACACUUGGAUCCGAGCUGGUACACCGACAAGACUGUCAAGGCGUUCUCAUGCAGGACAAACGACAAGGACCUGCACGACGCCGCAGCGGCAAUGUGGUAUUCGCCGAACUCCUACAUCAAGCCUGUGCACAAGGUCCACAAUCAGGAGAGGAACUUCAAAUCCCGUUUCGUGCACUUGGGCAUCACUAGCGCUGCGACCUUUUUGGUGUACUCGGGGCUCAUCUGCCUGGUAUCUCUGGACUUUCUUCUCGGCUUCUCUGGCGAGCACGUGGACGCAAUCGGGAGCGGAACGGUCGACGACAUGAAGCGGAACGGGGGCGUGCUGUGGCGCUUGCCUGGCGAAUGA